ACUGUCAUGCCUUUUUUCCUUUGGUGAGUGACGUCACGUUUGGCGGUCAUGUGACAUCGUCCUUGGUGGCGCAGAUAUGGCGCUGGGUGACUGUUGGAAAAAUCUGUCCUGGUUUUAUUACCAGUACCUGCUUGUCACCGCACUCUACAUGCUGGAGCCGUGGGAACGGACCGUCUUCAACUCACUGCUGGUUUCUGUGGCUGCCAUGGCCGUCUACACAGGCUAUGUCUUCAUGCCGCAGCACAUCAUGGCCAUUCUGCACUACUUCCAGACGGUCCAGUGACCCACUGGCCUGUCUCUGGCUUCCUGUCCAUUGAUGACGUCCCCUUUCAUAAGCUGUGCCGGAGGCUGCUUUGGAUGAUAUCUUUUCUUGGAACUGAUGUCGAAUGGAGACCUGGUUCUUGUCUCAUUAAGUCUGGACCACAAUGCAGAAUUACAGAUUGGAAGGCUUAAAAAUAUAUAAAAAAUUUAAAACAAGCUGCUUUUCUUCACAGCUGCUAUUAUUUUAUGCAUCCUAUUUCACCUGAGAAUGAUUUUUUUUUUUCUUUAACAAAGUACUGCUGACAUUUUCUGUAUUUGCUUUGUUUUUCAUCUUUGUCAAAAUAAUCUUUUUUUUUUUUUUUUUUAAUUCUCAUCAUUUUUGUCCCUUUGUUCUUGAAGUUUUGUGUGUGUGUGUGUGGGGGGGGGGGGUAUAAGAACAAAAUCAGAAUUUUGAGACACACCUUGGUCACAUUAAAAAAAAAAAAAAAAAAAAUCCACCAAAUGUCUAUGAAAACGAUUGUAUUGGACAUGGUGUGUGAACGGUUACAUUAAUAAUGUAAAA